UGUCAUGCCCUCUCUACCGUAAAGAGAAGCUUAUCUGCUCUUCCUUUGUGUUUGAACCUCUUUAGCCAGUCUGCUCCGGGAUCGGGACUGGCUGAGAAACACCCCUACCUGCCGCUCAUGUCUGCGGGACUGGAACCAGACUUCUCCGGUGAUGAGGUGUUCGUCCGCCGGUUCCCCGUACACCGAGCCUGCCGGGAUGGAGACAUCGGAGCGCUGCUGUCGCUGUCAAACCGGACUCAUCUGACGGCUGAGGACUCCCGCUACGGAUGGACCCCCAUCCACUGGGCUGCUCACUACGGACAGCUGGAGUGUGUGGUGCGUCUGGUGCAGAUGGGCUGUGAGGUGAACACGGUGAGCAGCCGCUUCAACCAGACACCGACUCACACGGCGGCGUUUGGAGGACAUCCUCACUGCGUGGUGUGGCUGACGGAGGCCGGAGCUGAUGUCAACCAGCAGGACUUUGUAGGUGAGACUCCCAUCCAUAAGGCGGCUCGUUCAGGCAGUCUGGAGUGUAUUCAGGUCCUGUUGAUAGCAGGAGCUAAACCUCACUGUUGAGUUUGAACAUGAUUUUCUCGAGUAAUCCCAGAAAGAGGGAGCAAUCCAAAUAGGCACUGCACAGUCUGCAUCUGCGAGCAUCUUACACACCAAUGAGUGUUCACUAUCGCUUCCUACAGUUUCUGCAGCUGGCAAACUGGCGAGGUAUUUCCUGCAGUGAUUGGUUCCAUGCUCACAAAGCACUGAUGAUGAUGGUAGUCAUGUCUAGGCCUGCAUGCUGAGUUAGCUUACAGCUGGUUUAGCUUUCACCGGGCCAACAAACUGCCCACCACCCAGGAGUUACUGUAGAAAUCAGUCUGAGUUUAGGGAGUAUUGAGCUGUAGCUGAAGGAUAGGAGCAACAUGUGAGGGUUAAACACAUUCAGGAGAUCAGUAAAAUGGAAUGAUUGUUUAGGACUAUUCCUGCAAAAACAAUAAUAGAAUACAGGCCUAGAAGUAGAAACUCAGUGCAACAAAAGUGGAUCAUGGCUCCACGAGGAAAAGAGCGGUCAGAGGAGCUUAAAACAGACUGUGAGACUUCACAGAGAUGGAAAUAAGAUUCACAGAUGCAGCAGUAAUCAGAGGUCGAGAAGGAGUCAUAGUUCCACUGAUCAGGAGGUCUAGAAGGAGUCAUAGUUCCACUAAUCAGAGGUCUAGAAGGAGUCAUAGUUCCACUAAUCAGGAGGUCCAGAAGGAGUCAUAGUUCCACUAAUCAGGAGGUCUAGAAGGAGUCAUAGUACCACUAAUCAGGAGGUCUAGAAGGAGUCAUAGUUCCACUAAUCAGGAGGUCAAGAAGGAGUCAUAGUUCCACUAAUCAGAGGUCUAGAAGGAGUCAUAGUUCCACUAAUCAGAGGUCUAGAAGGAGUCAUAGUUCCACUAAUCAGGAGGUCCAGAAGGAGUCAUAGUUCCACUAAUCAGGAGGUCUAGAAGGAGUCAUAGUACCACUAAUCAGGAGGUCUAGAAGGAGUCAUAGUUCCACUAAUCAGGAGGUCAAGAAGGAGUCAUAGUUCCACUAAUCAGAGGUCUAGAAGGAGUCAUAGUACCACUAAUCAGGAGGUCCAGAAGGAGUCAUAGUUCCACUAAUCAGAGGUCUAGAAGGAGUCAUAGUUCCACUAAUCAGGAGGUCUAGAAGGAGUCAUAGUUCCACUAAUCAGGAGGUCUAGAAGGAGUCAUAGUUCCACUAAUCAGGAGGUCAAGAAGGAGUCAUAGUUCCACUAAACAGAGGUCUAGAAGGAGUCAUAGUUCCACUAAUCAGAGGUCUAGAAGGAGUCAUAGUUCCACUAAUCAGAGGUCUAGAAGGAGUCAUAGUUCCACUAAUCAGGAGGUCUAGAAGGAGUCAUAGUUCCACUAAUCAGAGGUCUAGAAGGAGUCAUAGUUCCACUAAUCAGGAGGUCCAGAAGGAGUCAUAGUUCCACUAAUCAGGAGGUCUAGAAGGAGUCAUAGUACCACUAAUCAGGAGGUCCGGAAGGAGUCAUAGUUCCACUAAUCAGGAGGUCUAGGAGGAGUCAUAGUUCCACUAAUCAGGAGGUCUAGAAGGAGUCAUAGUUCCACUAAUCAGGAGGUCUAGAAGGAGUCAUAGUACCACUAAUCAGGAGGUCCAGAAGGAGUCAUAGUUCCACUAAUCAGGAGGUCUAGAAGGAGUCAUAGUACCACUAAUCAGGAGGUCCAGAAGGAGUCAUAGUUCCACUAAUCAGGAGGUCUAGGAGGAGUCAUAGUUCCACUAAUCAGGAGGUCUAGAAGGAGUCAUAGUUCCACUAAUCAGAGGUCUAGAAGGAGUCAUAGUUCCACUAAUCAGGAGGUCCAGAAGGAGUCAUAGUUCCACUAAUCAGGAGGUCUAGAAGGAGUCAUAGUACCACUAAUCAGGAGGUCUAGAAGGAGUCAUAGUUCCACUAAUCAGGAGGUCUGGAAGGAGUCAUAGUACCACUAAUCAGGAGGUCCAGAAGGAGUCAUAGUUCCACUAAUCAGGAGGUCUGGAAGGAGUCAUAGUUCCACUAAUCAGGAGGUCCGGAAGGAGUCAUAGUUCCACUAAUCAGGAGGUCUAGGAGGAGUCAUAGUUCCACUAAUCAGGAGGUCUAGAAGGAGUCAUAGUUCCACUAAUCAGGAGGUCUAGAAGGAGUCAUAGUUCCACUAAUCAGGAGGUCUAGGAGGAGUCAUAGUUCCACUAAUCAGAGCUGCAGGUUUUCCUACAAACAUGACUUUGUAAAACAUCAGAUUUCUGUGGACAGUGAAGAAAAACACUCGUAUUCUUUGGCAUAAAACUAAAAGAUAAAUUUAGCUGAAGAACAUCAGAAGAAGUCUGAUGAAUGCUGGGAGAUAAAUAAAUGGAUAAUAAUGAUGUAGAGGUGUUUGGUUUGAACUGAGACUCAGUGGAUGUUUGAUCCUGACAGUGAAGCAUGGAGGAUGGAGUGUGAUGAUGUGGAGCUGCAUGGAAUAUUGAGGAGAUCUUCUCUUGAUGGAACCAUGAAUACUUGAAGAUUUACCAGAAUAAUAAUAAUCUCAGUCAGUUUACUGAUAUUUGUUGCACUGAGUUCUUACUGUGUGGCCUGGAUUUAAGUCUAGAAAUCUGAAGUGUUAGUUUUACAUGUAUAUCAGAGCCAAAAAUGUCAUGUGUAGAUGAUAGCCUUUAAAUAUUUACUGUUCUGUAAAAUCAACUGUUAGUAUAAUAGUUGUUUUUGUCAUUUCUAAAUCAGAUUGUUUAGAGCCUAGUUAUAAGUUUCAUUUUAAUGAAUUAGAAAAGAUUUUAUCAUCAUAUAUCUGAGUUAACAGGACAUAUUUUGUUGUUAACUUUAUACAUCUUUUAAAAAGAUAAAAUACAAAUCCUGAAUUUCUUAUUAUUCUGAAUUGUCUUAGUUUAAUUCCAAACAUGUUGACUUUCUGUUGAUUCUUCUACUGAGCACUGAGAUGUAGUUUAACAGCCAAGCAGUAAAUGAAUGUUAUUAAAUGAAUGUUUGAGGCAGAUUUCAGUGAGACUGUUAGAUGUUUGAGGCCGGUUGUUAGAGCUGAACUCGGGUGUUUUCCUGCAGCAGUCCUCUCACAGCUCUCUCAUGGUUCAGGUUAAGGAAUGCCAGUGGGCAGACGGCAGCAGACCUGGCUCAUGCUCACGGCUUCCACGACUGUUUCUGCUUCAUCUCCAACGCCCAGAAGCACCUGCAGCAGCUCCAUGGGAAUGAGAACGGCGCCCCCUGUGGUCAGGGUCUGUUCAGCAGGAAGAGGCAGCUGAACGUGGUGGAGGCCGGGCUGAUGAAGAAACCCAGGAGGGCUGAAGGUGUGUUUCAGGUUCAGAUCAGUCCAGGUGAGGAGAUGGAGAGCAUGAACACCGAGUCUGAACAGGAGCUCAGCACAGAGGACGGUACCAGACAUCCCAUCCUGCCUCCCCUUCAGCCCCCCAGCAGCCUCCAUCCUCCGUCCUCCUCUCCUGUCCAGCAUCCUUCAUCGCGUCCUCAGCGUUCUUCGGCUGAGAUGUGUGGCUCUCUGCAUCUGACCAACAGCCCCGGCAGCUGUUCUUCUGCCCAGCCGGCCUGCUGGGGGCCCCUGGGGGCCGACUGUGGGGACUUCCUGCGUUAUGGACACUACCACGGCUUUGGAGACACCGCUGAGGAGCUGAGCGACGACGGCAGCAUCCAGACGGAGCACCGAUCCAAGCAGGCCGACCUCUACCACGGCUCGUAAAGCACCUGCUGGAACCUGAACGUUUCACCUCCUUCACCACGUUUUACUGUCAAAUCCUGCAGCUCUGUGGAAACAACACGAACACGUAGCGAGAAACCAGCAACAGUACGACAGUUAUAGAAGCUACAUUUCAAUGAAAGACUGAAAAACCCUGGAAUCAGCAUCUACAAUCAUUUCCAAGUGUCCACAGCUGUAAACUCUGCAGUUCAUCUGAAACGUCCCCAAGUUUUAUCACAAUGUAUUUUACCAAUUAGACAUGUAGAAUGAAGGCAUUUUGGUGGAAAAGCACAAUUUUAAGAUUAAUUUUGGUUCAUUUUCCAGGUGGAUUUUUCUGAAAUCAUGAGAAAAGUUUCCCCAAAAUAAGCCAGAAUAUGAAACCAAAGUUUAAAAAACCCGAAUCAACAUGUAUGAUAACUUCAAAGUGCCCUCAGGUGUUCCCAAAACUAAGUGGCUCUACAGAAUAUAGAUAUUUACUCCUUUCCUCCACGUUUAUCUCUCUGCUGUUCAGCUGAAUAUUCUCUGAAGUGUUUUUCACGGUUUGUUUUUUAGUUUUUUCUCCGUGCAGACGUUUUAAAGUCACUUCCAGACCCCAUCAAUCUUCUGCUAAAGCUGACAUGUCCAGUGUUGGUUGUUGUUUUGUGCAGUGAGGAGGUUUUAACAGGAGACAGAGUUAGAAGCAGAUAAUCAGAAUGUUGUUGUAGAGUUUUACGGUUUAGUUCCUCUGGUUUCCUGCCGGUGUUUCCUUCACUCAUCGUUCUGUGUUUGCACUAUGAAGGGCUGUGGGUGUGAACGUGUUCUGGAACAUCAGGAGCCUUGAUCUACCAAAGGGAAUGUGUUAUAUUUAUGUUUUAGAGCAGCUGAAUGUGUGUAGAGAGCUGGACUGUAAUUUAAUCUGAUAGUGAACCUCUUGUUGUUGUGACUGAAGACUUUUUCUAAACACUAAAUCAGCUGAGUGCCAAAACCUGCCUUCCAGCACCCAGAACCAGCUCUGCUGCCUUCUGACCCACACUUUUAUACUCAAUAAAACCCGUUUUACAUUUUUAUAAAA